UUCCUUGUCACCUGUGGCACAGGUGAUAUGGAUGAGCAGUGAUUUCACAGAGUGAGUAGCAAAGAUUAUGGUGUCGCAGUGAAAGGCUGUUGAACUGUGUAGUUUUUGGACAUCUCUCAGUGAAAUCAUGAAGUUCACAGAUGGUAACGUGAUCCGGUUUCACCUUCAAAUCCUUUAUGGGAUAACUGUGAGGAGCUUUGAGAAGAAGAAGGAGAGGCUGUUCAUCGGUGGGGCAAAGAUCUUUGGUGUUCCUCUGGAGAACUUACCAAGGAGAUACAUCCCUGAGUUUGGACUGGUGCCCUGCUUUUUGGUCGAUGCUUGUUCAUUUCUUCUGGAGCGUGUCGGGACUGUAGGCCUGUUCAGAAAACCAGGCUCUCUUCCUCGCAUUAAGACCCUCAGGGCCAAGCUGAACCGUGGUGAGGGAUGUUUGUCCACAGCCUUACCCUACGACGUGGCAACUCUCAUCAAACAGUUUUGCAGGGAGCUUCCAGAGCCUUUGUUUCCCUCUGAGCUCCAUGCAGCACUGCUCAAGGCCCAGGCGAUGUCCAACCUGAAGGACAGGACUUCAGCCCUGCAGCUGCUGUCCUGUUUGCUACCUGCCAGAAACUCCUCCUGUCUGCAUUACCUGUUUGACUUCCUCUCCAAAGUCUCCCAAAGAUGUACUGAAAACUUGAUGACCACCUCCAACCUCGCUACAGUGUUCACUCCGUGUCUUUUACCGCCUCCUAACAAGGCAGAGAUGUCUGAAGCGCGACUUGAGCUCAGAGUUUUGGUCCUACGCACCUUCAUUGAAAAUCCUCACUUAUUCGGUGUGGUCCCUAAAGCUGUCAUGGACAGUAUGGAGUUCCUGAUGAAUUUCCACUUUAUGAAAGACACAAAGAGAGGACACAGGAAAAGACACAGCUUCAGAGUAAUGCAGUCUGUGAAGACGGUGCCCUGGAUUCAAGGGAGGCCAAAGGUCAGACCUCCAGCCCCCAAGGAGGAGCAAGGAUCCACCUCAGGAGGCAUAAAGACCCUCAGGAGAAGCCUUGGACUGGAGACUUUCCCCAACGUCCAGCUGUUUAGGACCUGUAUGCCUUGUGCAGACCAAGGAUCCAAACCUGCAAUGGCUUUGAUGGACAGCCCUCCAAAAGAGGCAUGCAAGACUCCGCAAGAGAGACUGAAAAGAGAUCUGCAUUUGGGUCAUUUCUCGAGGUUCACCCGAGGUCCACAUGAAGGCAGCUCUCCUGUGCUCACCGGUGUCGGGAAACUGCAGCUCACACCUUGGAGAAGACGUAUUUCACUAUAAUAUAUUAAAUAUUAAACUGUGACGUGGUUUAGUCCAUGUUACUGAAGCUUUUUUUUUAGGUUGUGAUCUGUGAUAGACCAGUUUGUAUUUCUAUGGUGGUUUGGUGUUUUAAUUCACGUUUUAACGCUCUACAUUUUUAAUGAAUUUAUGUAUUUGAUUAUUUAUUUCACAUCAAGACUGGUGUAUGGAAGUUCAACCGUACUUUUAUAUCAAGUGAAUAAAUGUUUUUUUUCUCAUAUCUACA